UCUUUAUAUGUAUGUGUAUAACAAGAGUAUGUACAUGAAGAGCUGUCUUUCUUUUUUUUUGGCUGUCGCUUUCUAUAACCCAUCCGUUUGUAUUCUUGUUUCAUUUGCUUAAUCGGCAUCCUAUAAUCACACCCUUUUCCUGUGCUCUCUGUUUCCACUUCCUUUUUUUUAUUUCAUCAAAUCUUGUCACUGCCCAAUUUACCGUUGCUGUGAGCUCUUGCCUCUUGGGUGCCCCUGAAUGAGAGAGGGGAGACUCAUGAAGAGGCUAGUGACACUGCUUUUGCUUCUGGCAUUAAGUGAUGCUGUUGAACUAUAUGGGGCCGGAAGUGAAGGAGAGUGUAAAUUCAAUAGGCCGCUGGAACCCAGACCGCACAGUGUGUCCAUUUUGGAAUUCGGAGCAGUUGGGGAUGGCAAGACAUUGAAUACGGUCGCUUUCCAGAAUGCCAUUUUCUACCUUAAGUCCUUCGCAGACAAGGGCGGUGCUCAACUGUACGUUCCGUCUGGCAGGUGGCUUACUGGAAGCUUCAACCUUACCAGCCACCUUACACUCUUUCUGGAAAGAGGAGCUACUAUUUUUGGAUCACAGGAUUAUUCUCAUUGGGAAGUAGUUGAGCCCUUACCAUCUUAUGGCCGAGGGAUUGAACUGCCAGGUGGAAGAUAUCGCAGCUUGAUUACUGGACAUAAUUUAAGUGACGUGGUGAUUACAGGUGGUAAUGGGACUAUUGAUGGUCAGGGUUCUGUGUGGUGGGAGCAGUUCAGUUCUCAUUCCUUGAAGUAUAGCCGUCCUCAUCUUGUGGAAUUUAUUGGCUCUAAUGAUGUUGUUAUUUCGAAUCUAACCUUCUUGAAUUCCCCUUUCUAUAACAUUCAUCCAGUAUAUUGCAGUAAUGUGCUAGUUCAGAACUUAACAGUUCAUUCUCCACCUGAAUCUCCUUUCACUAGUGGAAUAGUCCCAGAUUCCUCUGAGCACGUUUGCAUUGAAAAUAGCAACAUUAGCAUGGGUUAUGAUGCCAUUGUGCUCAAGAGCGGUUGGGAUGAGUAUGGAAUUGCAUAUGGCAAACCAACUGCAUAUGUUCACAUCAGGGAUGUUUGCCUUCAGUCAUCUUCGGGCUCUGGUCUGGCUUUUGGCAGUGAGAUGUCUGGUGGCAUUUCUAACAUACUUGCCGAGCGUCUUCAUAUACAUGAUUCAUAUACUGGCAUUGGACUUAGGACAUCAAGAGGCAGGGGUGGUUAUAUAAAAUACGUUAUCAUAUCAUAUGUGGAAAUGGCUAAUGUUCAGCUGGCAAUUGAGGCAACAGGGGAAUUUGAAUCCCAUCCAGAUGACAAAUAUGAUCCUAGUGCACUCCCAAUUGUCACUGACAUCACCUUUAAGAGCAUGGUUGGCACGAAUAUCACAACAGCAGGAGUCUUUUCUGGAAUCUAUGAAUCUCCCUUCACUUCAAUUUGCCUAUCAAACAUCUCCUUAUCUAUCACUUCCGGCCCUUCUACUUCAUGGGUAUGUUCUAAUGUGUCAGGUUUCUCUGAGGCCGUGUCUCCUGAACCAUGUCCUGAUUUGCAGAGCUCAUUUUCUAAUUCUUCCACAGGCUGCUUCUUCCUCUUGUAUCCAAAUAGUCUCGUUGCAAUUUUAUGAUACCAGCACCUUAAACUACAAUUAUUUGUUUCAUCCAACCUAUACAAUGAGAGUCUAAAUGCUUCUGCCAUUUCCGCUUUGAAUUCAAGUGGAUAAUCAAUUGAACACUCUCUCAUCUAGAAAUGGAACUCCCCAAAUUGGUAUCAUCCAGGUCGGUUGCUCUUGUACAGCCUCGUUUUCUUCAUUCAUUUGCAAGGAAAUUUUUGGUAGUGCAGUACAACUCAGAUACUUAUUACUUUCGGUGCUUUAUUUUCUUUUUUAAUUUAUUUUAUUGUCAUUUAUUUCACAAUGUAAAUUUAUGUAAUGGAUAUGGACAUUAUGAUCGAUUAAUAGUAGAUUGGGAGGGGAAGGUGUCAUGGAGUGAUGAUAUUCUUGAAAUAAAAUUUGUCUUCUGUACUCUGAA